CAGCCUAAACGCUGCCAUUCUCCAUAGCCCGGAGUUACACGCGAGCACGACGAAGCAGCACGAAAGUGAGAGGAAGAGAGAGAGCAAGUGGCAUAAAGUAUACAUAAAAAAUAAAAAAAACAAAGCGAAGCUUUCACGCCUCGAGAAAGAGAGAAAAAGUACACGAUUAAGUUAGAAAGCGUUUUGGUGGCAAACUUUUCUGGGCUGUGGCAGAACGACGUGGACCGCAUAAGAUGCCCGAGCAAUAGUCUUGAAGUUUCCAGAAAUUAAAGGAAGACGGCAGAGGUUGAGCAUUAGCCUGGGCACUUCAGAAAGAACUAGGGCAGACAACGGUCCACUGUAGGGGACGGGUGAAGAAACAACACAUUAAAAGUGCACAUUUUCUCUACAAGAUGGAUGACGAGCAGGACACAAGGGAAGUUCUUUUCCCUCAGUGGAUGGGCCCUGAUAAACAUGGGCUCACCAUAGAACAAACCGGUCAAGGAGAGAUUUUUGUCACAGAGGUGAAAGAAGAGUCCCCUGCUACUCACACUGGGAGAGUAAAUCAAGGUGACCAAAUAGUUGGGGCUACCAUUUACUUUGACAACAUGUCCUCAGAGGAAACAGCUGAGCUACUAAAGACUUUAAACAAACAUAAGGUUGGACUCAAAUUGCAAAACAAGACUGGAGACAAGUCACCUUGUCGCUCUCCAGUGGGGACGUUGUCCUGGGAAGGGCGUGCAGGGUUUGGGGGGUCUAGUUCAGACAUUCUCCUGAGUGGAGAUGAUGAAGACUACAGGAGAAUCUACACGAAGAAGAUUAAACCCAGACUGAAGUCGGAAGAUCUUGCUGAGGGUGUUGAUGUGCGAACAGAACGUCAUAGCAGCACAAGUAGUGAUGGUUGCACCGUAACUACAGUUACACGACGAAUAACUACCUACACUGUGGAUGUGCCUGGGGGAACUGAUGAGCAAACUUAUUACUCAAGCCCUGAGUUCAAAUUUCAGGUCUCUGACCAUGAGCAGUUUGAAGGCGAUUCUUCCCAUAUCAGAUUACCACAUGGCAGUGCACACGGAGGUAUAGAAAAGGGAGAGAUAUCUCUUGGAGAACCACAGGUUACUGGUUCUUAUAUGAAGCACUUUAGUACUGGAUCUGUCAAAACAACAAGCGAAUUAGAUGGGAGUGAGAGGGAAACUAGAAUUAAUGUAUCAGACACUGGACUAUUGGAGGGAAAAGUACAGGGACGUUCAAGUGUAGUAGGUGGAACUGAAUUUGCUACAACACAGGGCCCUGUUUUGGACACUCAUGUUUCAGGUUUUUCCCUUAGUGGUGGUAGAGGGGUCAGAAACAUAUCAGGAAUGGGCAAAGAUAAUGCGUAUGUUGCCCAUAAAGAUGAGUCUGAUGAUAAAACCAAAUCGUCUAAAUUUAGCAUAGAUAUUCAACGACCCAAGAUUAAUAUAAAACGUACUGAGGGUGAAAUCAGUCAGAGUUCUGAUGGUACCAUGCAUGGGUUAGAAGAUAAGGUAAAACUACCAAAACUUGAAUCUAGCAAAUCCGUUCAAUCAGUCCCCACCAUGGAAACUAGUGGUGCAUUCCAAAAAUCCCAUCUCAAAUGGCAAACAACUGGUACAGCAGAUGAUUCCAGUCUGGAAGUAAAUUUUAGCAAUCAGAACCCCACAGAUAAUAGAGGUUUAGAAAUAACUAGGAAUCAGAAUGUGUCACUUCCAAAGAUUAAGGGUCAAACAGAGACAAAAUCAUUUGGAAUGAAAGGCUUUAAUUUAGAAGGGUCCAAAAUGGACACCGAUGUUUCACUGACUUGUAUUAAAAUGAAAACACCAAAAAUAGACAAUAUUGCUGCAGAUCUUGAAGUUCAAGGCCUGUCAGUCUCUGGCCCAAAUCUUUCUUUGUCUGAUGUGGAGGCCAAUCUUAAAGGGCCAAACCUAAAAAGAGAUGUCAAUGUGUCCGUUUCAAAUGUUGAAGGGGGUGUUACAGGACCACAAAUUGAAAUCGGUCAACAUUCCUUUGGAAUAAAGGGUGGCAAGAUUGAGGGUCAAGAUGUGAAAAUGUCAACAUUUGGUGUUGCAGCUAAGGGACCAGAGGUGAGCAUUAAAGAUUCAAAGUUUGAUAUUGAAGGACCUAAUGGAAAUAUUAAAGGCCCUGAACUAAAGAUGUCAUCAAUCUCUGGUCCAGAGAUUUCUCCAGAGAUUGCUGAUAUGGACAUCAACUUUCAAGGGCCAAAACUGAAAACGCCCUCAUUUGGAGUCAAAGGACCAAAAUACGAGGGUCACAAUGUUGAUGUUAAAAUUCCCAAGGCCAAAGUGGAUAUUAAAGCACCAGAAGUGGAUAUCAAGGGUCCAGAGCUUAACGUUGAGGGAACUGAUGGAAAAGUCAAGAGCUCCAAAUUCAAGAUACCAUCAGUUUCUGGUCCAAAGGUUUCUAUGCCGGACAUGGAUAUGAACCUUAAAGGGCCCAAGGUGAAAGGUGAUGUUGAUGUGUCGUUUCCAAAAGUUGAGGGAGAUAUCGCAGUACAAAAAGUUGAAAUUGAAGGCCCAGACAUUGAAGGUCCCGAGGGUGGUUUCAAGAUGCCCAAGAUAAAAAUGCCCUCAUUUGGACUCAAAGGGCAGAAAGUCGAAGGUCCCAAAGUUGAUGUGAAAAUACCCAAGGCCAAUGUGGAUAUUAAAGCACCAGAUGUUGAUAUCAAGGGUCCAGAGCUUGACCUUGAGGGACCUGAGGGAAAAAUCAAAGGCCCCAAAUUCAAGAUGCCAUCGAUCUCUGGUCCCACAGUUUCUAUGCCAGAUAUUGAUUUCAACCUAAAAGGGCCCAAGCUGAAAGGUGAAGUUGAUGUGUCAGUUCCAAAAGUUGAAGGAGAUAUCAAAGUUAAAAAAAUUGAAGGAGAUAUUAAAGCAACAAAAGUUGAAAUUGAAUACCCAGAGAUUGAAGGUCCUGAGGGUGGUUUCAAGAUGCCAAAGAUCAAAAUGCCCUCGUUCGGACUCAAAGGGCCAAAAGUCGAAGGUCCAGAUGUUGAUGUGAAAAUCCCCAAGGCUGAAGUGGAUAUUAAAGCACCAUAUGUGGAUAUCAAGGGUCCAGAGCUUGACAUUGAGGGACCUGAGGGAAAAAUCAAAGGCCCAAAAUUCAAGAUGCCAUUGGUGUCUGGUUCAAAGAUCUCUAUGCCAGAUGUAGACUUCAACCUUAAAGGACCCAAGCUGAAAGGUGAAGUUGAUGUGUCAGUUCCAAAAGUUGAGGGAGAUUUCAAAGCACCAAAAGUUGAAAUUGAAGGCCCAGACAUUGAAGGUCCUGAUGGUGGUUUCAAGAUGCCGAAGAUCAAAAUGCCCUCGUUCGGACUCAAAGGAGCAAAAGUUGAAGGUCCAGAUGUUGAUGUGAAAAUCCCCAAGGCUGAAGUGGAUAUUAAAGCACCAGAUGUGUAUAUCAAGGGUCCAGAGCUUGACAUUGAGGGACCUGAGGGAAAAAUCAAAGGCCCAAAAUUCAAGAUGCCAUCAGUGUCUGGUCCAAAGAUCUCUAUGCCAGAUGUAGAUUUCAACCUUAAAGGGCCCAAACUGAAAGGUGAUGUUGAUGUGUCAGUUCCAAAAGUUAAGGGAGAUAUCAAAACACCAAAAGUUGAAUUUGAAGGCCCAGACAUGGAAGGUCCCGAGGGUGGUUUCAAGAUGCCAAAAAUCAAAAUGCCUUCGUUUGGAGUAAAAGGGACAACAUUUGAAGGUUCCGAUGUUGAUGUAAAAAUCCCGAAGGCAGAAGUGGGUUUUAAAUUGCCAGAUGUUGAUAUCAAGGGUCCAGAGCUUAACAUUGAGGGUCCUGAGGGAAAAAUCAAGGGCCCCAAGUUCAAGAUGCCAUCGAUGUCUGGUCCAAAUAUUUCUAUGCCAGAUGUAGACUUCAACCUUAAAGGGCCCAAACUGAAAGGUGAUGUUGACGUGUCCGUUCCAAAAAUUGAGGGAGAUUUCAAAGCACCAAAAGUUGAAAUUGAAGGUCCAGACAUUGGAAGUCCUGAAGGUGGUUUCAAGAUGCCAAAAAUCAAAAUGCCCUCUUUUGGAGUCAAAGGGCCAAAAGUUGAAGGUCCUGAGGUCGACCUGAAAUUACCCAAGGCCGAAGUGGAUAUUAAAGCACCAGAUGUGGAUAUCAAGGGUCCCGAGCUUGACAUUGAGGGACCUGAGGGAAAAAUCAAGGGCCCCAAAUUCAAGAUGCCAUCGAUGUCUGGUCCAAAUAUUUCUAUGCCAGAUGUAGACUUCAACCUUAAAGGGCCCAAACUGAAAGGUGAUGUUGACAUGUCCGUUCCAAAAAUUGAAGGAGAUUUCAAAGCACCAAAAGUUGAAAUUGAAGGUCCAGACAUUGGAAGUCCUGAAGGUGGUUUCAAGAUGCCAAAAAUCAAAAUGCCCUCUUUUGGAGUCAAAGGGCCAAAAGUUGAAGUUCCUGAGGUCGACCUGAAAUUACCCAAGGCCGAAGUGGAUAUUAAAGCACCAGAUGUGGAUAUCAAGGGUCCCGAGCUUGACAUUGAGGGACCUGAGGGAAAAAUCAAGGGCCCCAAAUUCAAGAUGCCAUCGAUGUCUGGUCCAAAUAUUUCUAUGCCAGAUGUAGACUUCAACCUUAAAGGGCCCAAACUGAAAGGUGAUGUUGACGUGUCCGUUCCAAAAAUUGAGGGAGAUUUCAAAGCACCAAAAGUUGAAAUUGAAGGUCCAGACAUUGGAAGUCCUGAAGGUGGUUUCAAGAUGCCAAAAAUCAAAAUGCCCUCUUUUGGAGUCAAAGGGCCAAAAGUUGAAGGUCCUGAGGUCGACCUGAAAUUACCCAAGGCCGAAGUGGAUAUUAAAGCACCAGAUGUGGAUAUCAAGGGUCCCGAGCUUGACAUUGAGGGACCUGAGGGAAAAAUCAAGGGCCCCAAAUUCAAGAUGCCAUCGAUGUCUGGUCCAAAUAUUUCUAUGCCAGAUGUAGACUUCAACCUUAAAGGGCCCAAACUGAAAGGUGAUGUUGACGUGUCCGUUCCAAAAAUUGAGGGAGAUUUCAAAGCACCAAAAGUUGAAAUUGAAGGUCCAGACAUUGGAAGUCCUGAAGGUGGUUUCAAGAUGCCAAAAAUCAAAAUGCCCUCUUUUGGAGUCAAAGGGCCAAAAGUUGAAGGUCCUGAGGUCGACCUGAAAUUACCCAGGGCCGAAGUGGAUAUUAAAGCACCAGAUGUGGAUAUCAAGGGUCCCGAGCUUGACAUUGAGGGACCUGAGGGAAAAAUCAAGGGCCCCAAAUUCAAGAUGCCAUCGAUGUCUGGUCCAAAUAUUUCUAUGCCAGAUGUAGACUUCAACCUUAAAGGGCCCAAACUGAAAGGUGAUGUUGACGUGUCCGUUCCAAAAAUUGAGGGAGAUUUCAAAGCACCAAAAGUUGAAAUUGAAGGUCCAGACAUUGGAAGUCCUGAAGGUGGUUUCAAGAUGCCAAAAAUCAAAAUGCCCUCUUUUGGAGUCAAAGGGCCAAAAGUUGAAGGUCCUGAGGUCGACCUGAAAUUGCCCAGGGCCGAAGUGGAUAUUAAAGCACCAGAUGUGGAUAUCAAGGGUCCCGAGCUUGACAUUGAGGGACCUGAGGGAAAAAUCAAGGGCCCCAAAUUCAAGAUGCCAUCAAUGUCGGGUCCAAAGAUUUCUAUGCCAGAUGUAGAUUUCAACCUUAAAGGGCCCAAACUGAAAGGUGAUAUUGACUUGUCCGGUCCAAAAAUUGAGGGAGAUUUGAAAGCACCAAAAGUUGAAAUUGAAGGUCCAGACAUUGGAAGUCCUGAAGGUGGUUUCAAGAUGCCAAAGAUCAAAAUGCCCUCGUUUGGAGUCAAAGGGUCAAAAGUCGAAGGUCCCGAUUUUGACCUGAACAUACCCAAGGCCCAAGUGAAUAUUAUUGCUCCAGAUGUGGAUAUCAAGGCUCCAGAGCUUGACAUUGAAGGACCUGAGGGAAAAAUCAAGGGCUCCAAAUUCAAGAUGCCAUCGAUGUCUGGUCCAAAGAUUUCUAUGCCAGAUGUAGACUUCAAUCUUAAAGGGCCCAAACUGAAAGGUGAUGUCGACGUGUCAGUUCCAAAAGUUGAAGGAGAUAUCAAAGCACCAAAAGUUGAAAUUGAGGGCCCAGACAUUGAAGGUCCUGAAGGUGGUUUCAAGAUGCCAAAGUUCAAAAUGCCCUCAUUCGGACUCAAAAAAACAAAGUUUGAAGGUCCCGAUGUUGAUGUGAAAAUCCCCAAGGCCGAACUGGAUAUUAAAGCACCAGAUGUUGAUAUCAAGGGUCCAGAGCUUGACAUGGAGGGACCUGAGGGAAAAAUCAAAGGCCCAAAAUUCAAGAUGCCAUCGAUCUCUGGUCCCAAGAUCUCUAUGCCAGAUGUAGACUUCAAUCUUAAAGGGCCCAAACUGAAAGGUGAUUUCGACGUGUCAGUUCCAAAAGUUGAAGGAGAUUUCAAAGCACCAAAAGUUGAAUUUGAAGGCCCAGACAUUGAAGGACCUGAAGGUGGUUUCAAGAUGCCAAAAAUCAAAAUGCCCUCGUUUGGAGGCAAAGGACCAAAAGUUGAAGUUCCUGAGGUCGACCUGAAAUUACCCAAGGCCGAAGUGGAUAUUAAAGCACCAGAUGUGGACAUCAAGGGUCCAGAGUUUGACAUUGAGGGACCUGAGGGAAAAAUCAAGGGCCCAAAAUUCAAGAUGCCAUCAAUGUCUGGUCCAAAGAUUUCUAUGCCAGAUGUAGACUUCAACCUUAAAGGGCCCAAACUGAAAGGUGAUUUUGACGUGUCAGUUCCAAAAGUUGAAGGAGAUUUCAAAGCACCAAAAGUUGAAAUUGAAGGCCCAGACAUUGAAGGUCCUGAAGGUGGUUUCAAGAUGCCAAAAAUCAAAAUGCCCUCUUUUGGAGUCAAAGGGCAAAAAUUUGAAGGUCCUGAGGUCGACCUGAAAUUACCCAAGGCAGAAGUGGAUAUGAAAGCACCAGAUGUGGACAUCAAGGGUCCAGAGUUUGACAUUGAGGGACCUGAGGGAAAAAUCAAGGGCCCAAAAUUCAAGAUGCCAUCAAUGUCUGGUCCAAAGAUUUCUAUGCCAGAUGUAGACUUCAACCUCAAAGGGCCCAAACUGAAAGGUGAUGUUGAUGUGUCAGUUCCAAAAGUUGAGGGAGAUUUCAAAGCACCAAAAGUUGCAAUUGAAGGCCCAGACAUUGAAGGUCCUGAGGAUGGUUUCAAGAUGCCAAAGUUCAAAAUGCCCUCAUUCGGACUAAAAGGGCAUAAAUUCGAAAGUCCCGAUAUUGAUGUGAAAAUCCCCAAGGCCGAAGUGGAUAUUAAAGCACCAGAAGUGGAUAUCAAGGGUCCAGAGCUUGACAUUGAGGGACCUGAGGGAAAAAUCAAGGGCCCAAAAUUCAAGAUGCCAUCGAUGUCUGGUCCAAAGAUUUCUAUGCCAGAUGUAGACUUCAACCUUAAAGGGCCUAAACUGAAAGGUGAUUUUGACGUGUCAGUUCCAAAAGUUGAAGGAGAUUUCAAAGCACCAAAAGUUGAAAUUGAAGGCCCAGACAUUGAAGGUCCUGAAGGUGGUUUCAAGAUGCCAAAAAUCAAAAUGCCCUCUUUUGGAGUCAAAGGGCCAAAAUUUGAAGGUCCUGAGGUCGACCUGAAAUUACCCAAGGCCGAAGUGGAUAUUAAAGCACCAGAUGUGGAUAUCAAGGCUCCCGAGCUUGACAUUGAGGGACCUGAGGGAAAAAUCAAGGGCCCCAAAUUCAAGAUGCCAUCAAUGUCGGGUCCAAAGAUUUCUAUGCCAGAUGUAGACUUCAAACUUAAAGGGCCCAAACUUAAAGGUGACUUUGACGUGUCGGUUCCAAAAGUUGAAGGAGAUAUCAAUGCACCAAAAGUUGAAAUUGAAGGCCCAGACAUUGAAGGUCCUGAGGGUGGUUUCAAGAUGCCAAAGUUCAAAAUGCCCUCAUUCGGAGUCAAAGGGCAAAAAUUUGAAGGUCCUGAUGUUGAUGUGAAAAUCCCCAAGGCCGAAGUGAAUAUUAAAGCACCAGAUGUGGAUAUCAAGGGUCCAGAGCUUGACAUUGAAGGACCUGAGGGAAAAAUCAAGGGCCCCAAAUUUAAGAUGCCAUCAAUGUCUGGUCCAAAGAUUUCUAUGCCAGAUGUAGACUUCAACCUCAAAGGGCCCAGACUGAAAGGUGAUGUUGACGUGUCAGUUCCAAAAGUUGAGGGAGAUUUCAAAGCACCAAAAGUUUCAAUUGAAGGCCCAGACAUUGAAGGUCCUGAGGGUGGUUUCAAGAUGCCAAAGUUCAAAAUGCCCUCAUUCGGACUAAAGGGCCAUAAAUUCGAAAGUCCCGAUAUUGAUGUGAAAAUCCCCAAGGCCGAAGUGGAUAUUAAAGCACCAGAAGUGGAUAUCAAGGGUCCAGAGCUUGACAUUGAAGGACCUGAGGGAAAAAUCAAGGGCCCAAAAUUCAAGAUGCCAUCGAUGUCUGGUCCAAAGUUUUCUAUGCCAGAUGUAGAUUUCAACCUUAAAGGGCCCAAACUGAAAGGUGAUGUUGACGUGUCAGUUCCAAAGGUUGAGGGAGAUUUCAAAGCACCAAAAGUUGAAAUUGAAUGCCCAGACAUUGAAGGUCCUGAAGGUGGUUUCAAGAUGCCAAAGAUCAAAAUGCCCUCGUUUGGAGUCAAAGGUCCAAAAGUCGAAGGUCCUGAGGUCGACCUGAAAUUACCCAAGGCCGAAGUUAAUAUUAAUGCACCAGAUGUGGAUAUCAAGGGUCCAGAGCUUGACAUUGAGGGACCUGAGGGAAAAAUCAAGAGCCCAAAAUUCAAGAUGCCAUCGAUGUCUGGUCCAAAGAUUUCUAUGCCAGAUGUAGACUUCAACCUCAAAGGGCCCAAACUGAAAGGUGAUUUUGAUGUGUCAGUUCCAAAAGUUGAGGGAGAUUUAAAAGCACCAAAAGUUGAAAUUGAAGGCCCAGAUAUAGAAGGUCCUGAGGGUGGUUUCAAGAUGCCAAAGUUCAAAAUGCCCUCAUUCGGACUAAAAGGGCAUAAAUUCGAAGGUCCCGAUAUUGAUGUGAAAAUCCCCAAGGCCGAAAUGGAUAUUAAAGCACCAGAAGUGGAUAUCAAGGGUCCAGAGCUUGACAUUGAGGGACCUGAGGGAAAAAUCAAGGGCCCAAAAUUCAAGAUGCCAUCGAUGUCUGGUCCAAAGUUUUCUAUGCCAGAUGUAGAUUUCAACCUUAAAGGGCCCAAACUGAAAGCUGAUGUUGAUGUGUCAGUUCCAAAAGUUGAGGGAGAUUUCAAAGCACCAAAAGUUGAAUUUGAAGGCCCAGACAUUGAGGGUCCUGAAGGUGGUUUCAAGAUGCCAAAGAUCAAAAUGCCCUCGUUUGGAGUCAAAGGUCCAAAAGUCGAAGGUCCUGAGGUCGACCUGAAAUUACCCAAGGCCGAAGUGAAUAUUAAUGCACCAGAUAUGGAUAUCAAGGGUCCAGAGCUUGACAUUGAGGGACCUGAGGGAAAAAUCAAGGGCCCAAAAUUCAAGAUGCCAUCGAUGUCUGGUCCAAAGAUUUCUAUGCCAGAUGUAGACAUCAACCUUAAAGGGCCCAAACUGAAAGGUGAUGUUGAUGUGUCAGUUCCAAAAGUUGAGGGAGAUUUCAAAUCACCAAAGGUUGAAAUUGAAGGCCCAGACAUUGAAGGUUCUGAGGGUGGUUUCAAGAUGCCAAAGUUCAAAAUGCCCUCAUUUGGACUAAAAGGGCCAAAAUUCGAAGGUCCCGAUGUUGAUGUGAAAGUCCCAAAGGCCGAAGUGGAUAUUAAAGCAGCUGAAGUGGAUAUCAAGGGUCCAGAGCUUGACAUUGAGGGACCAGAGGGAAAAAUCAAGGGCCCAAGAUUCAAGAUGCCAUCGAUGUCUGGUCCAAAGUUUUCUAUGCCAGAUGUAGAUUUCAACCUUAAAGGGCCCAAACUGAAAGGUGAUGUUGACGUGUCAGUUCCAAAAGUUGAGGGAGAUUUCAAAGCACCAAAAGUUGAAUUUGAAGGCCCAGACAUUGAGGGUCCUGAAGGUGGUUUCAAGAUGCCAAAGAUCAAAAUGCCCUCGUUUGGAGUCAAAGGUCCAAAAGUCGAAGGUCCUGAGGUCGACCUGAAAUUACCCAAGGCCGAAGUGAAUAUUAAUGCACAAGAUAUGGAUAUCAAGGGUCCAGAGCUUGACAUUGAGGGACCUGAGGGAAAAAUCAAGGGCCCAAAAUUCAAGAUGCCAUCGAUGUCUGGUCCAAAGAUUUCUAUGCCAGAUGUAGACAUCAACCUUAAAGGGCCCAAACUGAAAAGUGAUGUUGAUGUGUCACUUCCAAAAGUUGAGGGAGAUUUCAAAUCACCAAAGGUUGAAAUUGAAGGCCCAGACAUUGAAGGUUCUGAGGGUGGUUUCAAGAUGCCAAAGUUCAAAAUGCCCUCAUUUGGACUAAAAGGGCCAAAAUUCGAAGGUCCCGAUGUUGAUGUGAAAGUCCCAAAGGCCGAAGUGGAUAUUAAAGCACCUGAAGUGGAUAUCAAGGGUCCAGAGCUUGACAUUGAGGGACCUGAGGGAAAAAUCAAGGGCCCAAGAUUCAAGAUGCCAUCGAUGUCCGGUCCAAAGUUUUCUAUGCCAGAUGUAGAUUUCAACCUUAAAGGGCACAAACUGAAAGGUGAUGUUGACGUGCCAGUUCCAAAAGUUGAGGGAGAUUUCAAAGCACCAAAAGUUGAAAUUGAAGGCCCAGACAUUGAAGGUCCUGAAGGAGGUUUCAAGAUGCCAAAGUUCAAAAUGCCCUCGUUUGGAGUCAAAGGGACAAAAUUGGAAGGUCCAGAUUUUGACCUGAAAAUUCCCAAGGCCGAAGUGGAUAUUAAUGCACCAGAUGUGGAUAUCCAGGGUCCAGAGCUAGACUAUGAGGGACCUGAGGGAAAAAUCAGGGGCCCAAAAUUCAAGAUGCCAUCGAUCUCUGGUCCCAAGAUUUCUAUGCCAGAUGUAGACUUCAACCUUAAAGGGCCCAAACUGAAAGGUGAUGUUGAUGUGUCAGUUCCAAAAGUUGAGGGAGAUUUCAAAGCACCAAAGUUUGAAAUUGAAGGCCAAGAUAUUGAAGGUCGCGAAGGUGGUUUCAAGAUGCCAAAGAUCACAAUGCCCUCGUUUGGAGUCAAAGGGCCAAAAUUCGAAGGUCCCGAUGUUGACCUGAAAAUACCCAAAGCUGAAGUGGAUAUUAAAGCACCAGAUGUGGAUAUCAAGGGUCCAGAACUGGACUUUGAGGGACCUGAGGGGAAAAUCAAGGGCCCAAAAUUCAAGAUGCCAUCGAUCUCUGGUCCCAGGAUUUCCAUGCCAGAUGUAGAUUUCAACCUUAAAGGGCCCAAACAGAAAGGUGAUUUUGACGUGUCAGUUCCAAAAGUUGAGGGAAAUUUCAAAGCACCAAAAGUUGAAAUUGAAGGCCCAGACAUUGAAGGUCCUGAAGGUGGUUUCAAGAUGCCAAAGUUCAAAAUGCCAUCGUUUGGAGUCAAAGGGCCAAAAUUUGAAGGUCCUGAUGUUGACCUGAAAAUACCCAAGGCUGAAAUGGAUAUUAAAGCGCCAGAUGUGAAUAUCACGGGUCCAGAGCUUGACUUUGAAGGACCUGAGGGAAAAAUCAAGGGCCCAAAAUUCAAGAUGCCAUCGAUGUCUGGUCCAAAGAUUUCUAUGCCAGAUGUUGACUUCAACCUUAAAGGGCCCAAACUGAAAGGUGAUUUUGACGUGUCCGUUCCAAAAGUUGAAGGAGAUAUCAAAGCACCAAAAGUUGAAAUUGAAUGCCCAGACAUUGAAGGUCCUGAAGGUGGUUUCAAGAUGCCAAAGAUCAAAAUGCCCUCUUUUGGAGUCAAAGGGCCAAAAUUUGAAGGUCCCGAUGUUGACCUGAAAAUACCCAAGGCUGAAAUGGAUAUUAAAUCACCAGAUGUGAAUAUCAAGGGUCCAGAGCUUGACUUUGAAGGACCUGAGGGAAAAAUCAAGGGCCCAAAAUUCAAGAUGCCAUCGAUGUCUGGUCCAAAGAUCUCUAUGCCAGAUGUAGACUUCAACCUUAAAGGGCCCAAGCUUAAAGGUGAUUUUGAUAUGUCAGUUCCAAAAGUUGAAGGAGAUAUCAAAGCAGCAAAAGUUGAAAUUGAAUGCCCAGACAUUGAAGGUCCUGAAGGUGGUUUCAAGAUGCCAAAGAUCAAAAUGCCCUCGUUUGGAGUCAAAGGGCCAAAAUUUGAAGGUCCCGAUGUUGACCUGAAAAUACCCGUGGCUGAAAUGGAUAUUAAAGCACCAGAUGUGGACAUCAAGGGUCCAGAGCUUGACAUUGAAGGACCUGAGGGAAAAAUCAAGGGCCCAAAAUUCAAGAUGCCAUCGAUGUCUGGUCCAAAGUUUUCUAUGCCAGAUGUAGAUUUCAACCUUAAAGGGCCCAAGCUGAAAGGUGAUUUUGAUAUGUCAGUUCCAAAAGUUGAGGGAGAUAUCAAAGCACCAAAAGUUAAAAUUGAAGGCCCAGACAUUGAAGGUCCUGACGGCGGUCUCAAGAUGCCGAAGAUCAAAAUGCCCUCAUUAGGAGGUCACGAUUUUAAUGUAAAAAUCCCCAAGGCCGAAUUGGACAUUAAUGCACCAGAUUUGGAUAUCAAGGGUCCAAAGUUAGACAUUGAGGGACCUGAGGGCAAAAUCAAAGGCCCCAAAUUCAAGAUGCCAUCAAUCUCUGGUCCAAAGAUUUCUAUGCCAGACGUGGAUUUGAAACUUAAAGGGCCCAAUCUGAAAGGUGACGUUGAUGUGUCUGUUCCAAAUGUUGAAGGCUGUUAUGUCCAAUCGCCAAAGAUAGACAUAGAAGUCCCUAAUGUAGAUUUUGACAUUCCAGAAGCAAGUGUGAAAAAAUCAAAGUUCAAAAUGCCGAAAUUUGGAUUUAAAGGGCCAAAGAUUGAUAGCCCUAAUGUGGAUGUCAAGCUUCCAAAAGGACCAAAAGCGAUUGUUCAAGGUCCAGAUGUUGAUAUCACAGCACCUAAUAUCAAAGCUAAAGGAUCAAAAUUUAAAAUGGGAUCAGUUUCAGCUCCAAAAAUGUCAUUACCUGAUGUUGACUUAAACAUAAAAGGUUCCAAAAUGAAAGGUCAAGCUGGAGUCAGUAUGGAGGGGGAUCUCAGUGUACCAAAAUUGGAAGUUGAUUCUCCAAAUGUUGAUGUUAAAAGUCCAGAUGGAGGUUUCAAGAUGCCAAAGUUCAAAAUGCCAAGAUUUGGAUUUAAGUCACCUAAAGGAGAUAUUGAUGCAAGUCUACAUGGCAGUGAUAUCAGUCUAAAAACACCAGACGUUGACAUAAAAAGUCCUCAUGUUGACAUUGAGGGUCCUGAAAUUGACGUCAAAACUCUCAAUCUUGACAUUGAAGGACAUGAGGGAAAAAUCAAGGGACCCAAGUUUAAAAUGCCGUCGAUGUCUGGUCCAAAUAUCUCCAUGCCAGAUCUCGAUUUCAAUCUUAAAGGUCCAAAAGUCAAGGGUGAUGUGGAUGUUUCAAUGCCGAAGAUUGAAGGAGAGCUCAAGACUCCAAAAUUGGACAUUGAAGGUCCUGAUAUUAAUAUUGAGGGCCCAGAAGGUGGUAUCAAAAUGCCGAAAAUCAAAAUGCCAUCAUUUGGACUCAAGGGUCCUAAAUUGGAGGGUCCAGAUAUUGACAUAAACCUGCCAAAAGCUGAUGUAGAAAUUAAAGGUCCUGAACUUGACAUUGAAGGACCUGAGGGGAAAAUCAAGGGACCCAAGUUUAAAAUGCCGUCGAUGUCUGGUCCAAAGAUCUCCAUGCCAGAUCUAGACUUCAAUCUUAAAGGUCCCAAAGUAAAGGGGGAUGUGGAUGUUUCGGUGCCGAAGAUUGAAGGAGAUCUCAAGACUCCAAAAUUAGACAUUGAGGGUCCUGAUAUUAAUAUUGAGGGCCCAGAUGGUGGCAUCAAAAUGCCGAAAAUCAAAAUGCCUUCAUUUGGACUCAAAGGUCCUAAAUUGGAGGGUCCAGAUAUUGACAUAAACCUGCCAAAAGCUGAUGUUGACAUUAAAGGUCCUGAAAUUGACAUUGAAGGACCGGAUGGAAAAAUCAAAGGACCCAAAUUCAAAAUGCCAUCGAUAUCUGGUCCAAAGAUCUCCAUGCCAGAUGUAGACUUCAAUCUUAAAGGGCCCAAAGUCAAGGGUGAUGUGAAUGUUCCUGUCCCCAAGAUUGAAGGAGAACUAAAGUCUCCGAAAUUAGACAUUGAAGGUCCUGAUGUUAACAUUGAGGGCCCAGAAGGUGGUCUGAAAAUGCCAAAAUUCAAAAUGCCAUCAUUCGGACUAAAGGGUCCUAAAAUGGAAGGUGCGGAGAUUGAUGUAAACCUGCCAAAAGCUGAUGUUGACAUUAAAGGUCCUGAAAUUGACAUUGAAGGGCCUGAUGGAAAAAUCAAAGGACCCAAAUUCAAAAUGCCAUCGAUCUCUGGUCCAAAGAUCUCCAUGCCAGAUGUAGACUUCAAUCUUAAAGGGCCCAAAGUCAAGGGUGAUGUGAAUGUCUCUGUGCCGAAAAUUGAAGGAGAACUAAAGUCUCCAAAAUUAGACAUUGAAUGUCCUGAUGUUAACAUUGAGGGCCCAGAAGGUGGUCUGAAGAUGCCAAAAUUCAAAAUGCCAUCAUUCGGACUAAAGGGUCCUAAAAUGGAAGGUCCAGAGAUUGAUGUAAACCUGCCAAAAGCUGAUGUUGACAUUAGAGGUCCUGAAAUUGACAUUGAAGGACCUGAUGGAAAAAUCAAAGGACCCAAAUUCAAAAUGCCCUCGAUAUCUGGUCCGAAGAUCUCUAUGCCAGAUGUAGACUUCAAUCUGAAAGGUCCCAAAGUCAAGGGUGGUGUGGAUGUUUCUGUCCCGAAGAUUGAAGGAGAUCUAAAGGCUCCAAAAUUAGACAUUGAAGGUCCUGAUGUUAAUAUUGAGGGCCCAGAAGGUGGUCUGAAGAUGCCAAAAUUCAAAAUGCCAUCAUUCGGACUAAAGGGUCCUAAAAUGGAAGGUCCAGAGAUUGAUGUAAACCUGCCAAAAGCUGACGUUGACAUCAAAGGUCCUGAAAUUGACAUUGAAGGGCCUGAUGGAAAAAUCAAAGGACCCAAAUUCAAAAUGCCAUCGAUCUCUGGUCCAAAGAUCUCCAUGCCAGAUGUAGACUUCAAUCUUAAAGGGCCCAAAGUCAAGGGUGAUGUGAAUGUCUCUGUGCCGAAAAUUGAAGGAGAACUAAAGUCUCCAAAAUUAGACAUUGAAUGCCCUGAUGUUAACAUUGAAGGCCCAGAAGGUGGUCUGAAGAUGCCAAAAAUCAAAAUGCCAUCAUUUGGACUAAAGGGUCCUAAAAUGGAGGGUCCAGAGAUUGACGUAAACCUGCCAAAAGCUGAUGUUGACAUUAAAGGUCCUGAAUUUGACAUUGAAGGACCUGAUGGAAAAAUCAAAGGACCCAAGUUUAAAAUGCCAUCGAUAUCUGGUCCAAACAUCUCUAUGCCAGAUGUGGACUUCAAUCUUAAAGGCCCCAAAAUCAAGGGUGAUGUGGAUGUUUCUGUGCCGAAGAUUGAAGGAGACCUCAAGUCUCCAAAUUUAGACAUUGAAAGUCCUGAUGUUAAUAUCGAGGGUCCUAAAGGAGGUUUUAAGAUGCCAAAAAUGAAAAUGCCUUCUUUUGGUUUCAAGGGACCUAAAGUGGAGGCUCCCGAGAUUGAUAUGAAUCUUCCAAAAGCUGAUGUUGACAUAAAAGGACCUGAAAUUGAUAUAACAUCUCCAGAUGUUGGUAUUGAAGGACCUAGUGGCAAAAUCAAGGGACCCAAGUUUAACAUGCCAUCGAUAUCUGGUCCAAAGAUCUCCAUGCCAGAUGUAGACUGGAAUCUUAAAGGCCCCAAAGUCAAGGGUGAUGUGGAUGUAUCUGUGCCAAAGAUUGAAGGAGAACUAAAGGCUCCAAAACUAGACAUUAAGGGUACUGAUGUUAAUAUUGAAGGUCCUGAUAGUGGUUUCAAGAUGCCAAAAAUUCAAAUGCCAUCAUUUGGAAUCAAAGGUCCUAAAAUGGACGGUCCAAAUAUUGACGUAAACCUGCCUAAAGCUGAUCUUGACAUCAAAGGUCCUGAAUUUGACAUUAAAACUCCAGAUCUUGACAUUGAAGGACCUGAGGGAAAAAUUAAGGGACCCAAGUUUAAAAUGCCCUCGAUAUCUGGUCCGAAGAUCUCUAUGCCAGAUGUAGACUUCAAUCUGAAAGGUCCCAAAGUCAAGGGUGGUGUGGAUGUUUCUGUCCCGAAGAUUGAAGGAGAUCUAAAGGCUCCAAAAUUAGACAUGGAGGGACCUGAUGUUAAUAUUGAAGGUCCAGAAGGCGGUGUGAAGAUGCCCAAAAUCAAAAUGCCGUCAUUUGGAUUCAAGGGUCCUAAAGUGGAGGGUCCAGAGAUUGACGUAAACCUGCCAAAAGCUCAUGUUGACAUUAAUGCUCCUGAUUUUGACAUCAAAUCUCCAGAUCUUGACAUUGAAGGUCCUGAAGGAAAAAUUAAGGGUCCCAAGUUUAAAAUGCCGUCGAUAUCUGGUCCAAAGAUCUCUAUGCCAGAUGUAGACUUCAAUCUUAAAGGCCCCAAAGUCAAGGGUGAUGUAGAUGUUUCAAUGCCAAAGAUGGAAGGAGACCUAAAAACUCCAAAUUUAGACAUUGAAGGACCUAACGUUAAUAUGGAGGGCCCAGAAGGUGGUCUGAAGAUGCCCAAAAUCAAAAUGCCAUCCUUUGGACUCAAAGGUCCUAAAAUGGAAGGUUCAGAUAUUGACUUAAACCUGCCAAAAGCUGAUGUUGACAUUAAAGGUCCUAAAAUUGACAUUAAGGGGCCAGAGGGUGGUUUAAAACUACAGUCUCUAAAUGUUGACGUUUCUGACGUUAAAAUGAAAGGUGGCAGCCCUGAUGUCAUCAUAAGUGGAUCAGAUGCAAACAUCAAACUGCCUAAAACAAAGAAACCAAAAUUUUCUCUUGGUGGUAAAAGCCCGAAAUUAGAUGUAGGACUUCCUGAUGCUGGUGGCAGUGUAGAAGGACCUGAUAUAAACUUAGAUGUGAAAGGAAAGAAGGGUAAAUUCAAAGUAGCAAAAGUAAAAGGAAAGUCAAAACCUUUCGAUAGUGAUGUGAAAUCUGGAAAUAUUAAGCUGGAGACGAAUGAAACAGACUUACAGUUGAAGCCAGCCAAAGUAAAAAAAUCUCUUUUUGGAAAGCUGCAUUUUCCUGAUGUGGAAUUUGACAUAAAAUCUCCGAAAGUUAAAGGAGCUGUUAAAUCAUCCGACGUUGAUUUGCAAUCACCAAACCUUAAAACUGAUAUUCAGGGUGUUGAUAUUCAGACCCCAGGUACUAGUUUGGAGAGCCCAGAUUUGAAAACAAAAGGGGGCAAAAUAAAAAUGCCAAAAAUUAGCACAUCAGGAAAGAAUGUUGACUUGAAUGCACCAUAUGUAGGGGGAUCCGGCAUUAAUGGAAAGGACAGUUUAAGGAUUGAUGUAGAAGGAAGAACACAGAAUGUUGAGUUGGCAGUACCAUCUGUAAAUGUGCAAGGUGGUGAUGUUAAUGUUGGUUUAAAUCUUUCUGAACAAAAGGCUGCAAAAGGCAGGAUUGAAAUGUCAGACUUUGAUGUAAGUGGACAAUCGGGAGAAAUUUCAGGUGGGAUGGAGUACCAAGAAGGACAUGUAACCUUUCCCAAGAUCAGAGUACCAAAGUUUGGUAUUGCAUUGCCUAAAGUAGAAGGAAAAGAGAUGGGAGUAGGUGUAGGAUCAGGAGAGUUGGCUGCUAGUGGUAAUGUCAGUUCCCAGAGUCUGGAAAUGGACACUAAAGAUGUGAAGAGCAGUGGUGCAAAAAUGAAAGUCAAAAUGCCAAAGCUGUUUAUGAAAUCUAAAUCUAAAGGUGGUAGUGCAGCUGAUCUUAAUGUUCAGGGAGAAGAAACUGAUGUUGCCAUCAAAGGUGGUGCAAAAGUGUCUAAGGAGAUGAGUCUUAGUUCUGGGGAAUUGGCAAGUGGCAGAAUUGCAGUAGAAGGAUUAAAAGUUUCACCAAAAAGUAAAUCUGCAUCGCUUGACCUCUUCAAAAAGUCACGGCAUCGCUCUUCAUCAAUGAGUGAUGAGGGAGGUUUAAGUUCCCCCGUUUCUACUGAAGGGCACUUACAGGCCGAGGGUGGCAACAUUUCAGUUGACGUUGGAGAAACAAAGGUCAAAGGUAAAAAAGGAAAGAUCAAGUUUGCUACAAUUGGAGGUUUUGGCUCUAAAAGUAAAGGCUCAUAUGAAGUGACACUUGGAGGUGAAAGUGAGGCUAAGAUUGGGGAUGCUAGUGGUGGAGUUGCUCAGUCUUCAAAGAAAUCCAGAAUGUCGUCAUCCUCUAGUACUGAUAGUGGUUCAAAAGGUAGUUUUCGGUUACCAGAACUUGAAAUAGCAGUUUCACCAAAGAAAUGAUCUUCAUACACCUAUCAAUACAAAGAACAUUCACACACAUCAAGUAUGUUUUCUAGACCGCUAAUAUAAAUCUGUCUCAUUUAAGCAAUAGUGCACAGCUAUACACUUCAUUUGUUCCAAAUGUUCUUUACAGGCAUUGAUAUCUAUUUCCAGCUUAACUGUAAAUAAGAGAGAUCUGUAUUUUACCUUUUGUAGAUAAGAAAAACAAUCCAAUUCCACCAUGUGUGUAGUGAAAUGAAAAGUCUGCAUCUGAUUUUGCUUUUCAUCUGAUAGCUUGUUAUAUUUUUGUACCUUUUGAAAGUUUUGGGAAAUGGUUAAGUUUACUCUUACUGCUGUCUUUCUUAAACCUUUUCUGAGCACAUGUAUGCUAAACAAAAAACUUUUUUUACUUUGAUAUGAAAAGAUUUUAUAAUGUUAAAGCUUCAAUUAAUAUUCAGUGCUGUACCGCAUAUACUUAUAGAUAAUUAAUUUUAACAGUGACAGAUCUAUACCAUUUUAAAAAGCACAAUGACGUUUAAGGGAUGUACAAACUGUAAAUAUACUUGGAUUCAUAUGGGAUGACAUAACUUUUUCUCCCAAAUAAUACCACAGUUUGAAUAUUCUAUUCUAAUGGAAUUUAUACAGAGAUUGUAAUCUUCUAAAAGUAUUUAUAUCUAAGAUUCUUUCAAAAAACCUAAAUUUAAAUUGCACAAUCAAAACCAGCUUGUGGCUGAAUAAAACAGCAGCUUGCUAUGAUUUUAAUUUUUCUAAGGUAUUUAUUCAUAGUUAUGUCUUCCACAUUUCGAAUCAAAUCUCUCUCUUCCUCUCACGGAAUAUCCACCCUUUGAAAUGUUGUGCUGCCAUGUGGUGAUAUAACUACAAGAAUGAUAAUGCCUGUAAUGAAGACAUAUAUAUAUAUUGAAUAAAAUGUUCAUUGCCAUUGUAAAUAAUGGGACAUUUUGGCUGCAAGUUUCUGCCUUUUUCCAUGUCAAUUGCAAAAAUUUAAAUAAAGUGUUUGAUUACCAGUA